AUGUCAAAUAAAGUAUUCAAGAAGUCUCAUUGUGCUGAUGAAGCGCCAGCUGAAGAAAUAGUGCUCUCUGGUGUUGAUGUGGACGCAAACAGAGACGAGCGAACGCUUACCAUCCAUGGCGGACGUGAUCAUAUCAAAAUGACAUUACGCGUGCAGUCAAAUGUGUUUGACAAAUGGCGACAUUCACUUCUUUCUCAUGCUGCUUCAUCACAGAUUGAUGCCUAUGUUAAGCCCAUUCCGAAAACGUUCCAGCAUCUUACCGAGAGAGUGGUGGUGCUCGAAAUUGGAUCCUGUUCUAUUCGUGGUGGUGUGCUGACAACCGAACCUAGCCUUCCGCAGUCUUUCUUUCCAGCCAUUGCUGUACGCACAGAUGAUGGUCGUAUCAUUGUCGGAGAGGACGCUUAUGCGCCUGAGAUCCGCCACCAUGGUGAAUUCGUUCGCCCUAUUCAAGCCUUAGAUCCCAACGUCGAACGAUACACCAUGGAUCGUGAAGUAGUGAAGGAGUGCAUGAAAAAAGUUGUCAAAGACCUCAACGUGAACCCUUCGCAGUACAAGGGUGCUGCAAUUACACGCCAACCAUCUUUGAUCCUUUACGCAUAUGAUGUGACAACUGGUGUAGUUGUGGACAUUGGAGAUCGUCUCAACAUUGUUCCUGUUAUUGAUGGUUACGUGGUUGAAUCUGCGAUCUGCUCGAUACCGUACGGAGCCACCCAAGUUCGGGAAGCAUUGCGAACCACCUUAUGCUCGAAAAACAAAGGAUUGUAUUCGUUCCAAAGCCCCAUAGAGAAGCUUAUCCUUCGUUACGUCUUAGAACAGACCAGCUAUGUUCCGGAAGAUUACACAAAAGAGGAGAAAACGUCAAAGGAAGUUAACAUAUCUCUGGAUCGGUUUGACCCUCUUCCUGGAAUGCCAACGAAGUUCAGUAUCGACAAUUCGCGAUUCCUUUGCACGGAAGGUCUUUUCCGUCCCAAGAAGUGGGGUCUCGACACAAAAGGGUUACACGAACUAGUACAUGAAGCUGUUAUAAUGAGCCCAAUCGACAGCAGGAGGACUCUUUACAGGAACAUCUAUCUCGCUGGAGGAGCGUCCUUAAUGCCUGGCUUAGCAGAAAAACUGGAGCAAGAACUUGCCGCCAUCGUUCCGAAUACCAUCCAUACACAAGUUCACAUCUCCCCGUGGAGGUACAACGCUGCAUAUCUGGGAGCCCAAAUAGUUGCAUCAGCAUCCACGUUCAGUGACAGCUGUAUAUCCCUCGAAAAUCUACCAACGUUCCUGUCAAAUUUACAAUCGUUUGGUUUUUGA